GGGAGCAGAGAACGCAUCAGCGCGCAGGAGACAGACGGCUACGUUGUUUCUCUACCGAUCAAAUUCGAAGGGCAGUGUAGACCCCUACUGCCUCAAGAGCCCACGCAUGCACGCACAGAGACAAGCACCUACCGACAACAUCAACCCACCCUUAUCUACGAAAGAAAAAAGAGAGGCGCUUUCUUGUCUUGCAAAGCUCGUCGACAGGCACAGGUAAUGUCUUGCAGGCGUAAUCGUUCUAUCGAUGUGGCGUCGCCAGACCAGGCAGAUGCCCCGUCAUUACCGGCCCAUGCUCCAAACCCUUCACCUUCUCGUUCUGAAGAAUCUGACAGCGCCGCCAACUUCGGCAGCUUUCUGUGGAACGACGUCAGCAUCCUCCUGUUCUACCGCCUCAUGCAUGAAAUCCACAGCACCUGCUUGUCUGUGGUGAAGGCGCCUGCCCAGUCGAGGCUAGACCUCCUCGCAACACUCAAGUCCUCCAUGGAAGUUAUUUGGGCAGUGGCGCAGCGCCACUUAACUUCAGAAGAGUGCGCCGCUGCGCAGACGAAGUACAACGCCUACGCCUCCAGUUUUUGUGCUGCCCUUCACUCUUGCGUGCUGGAGGUGGAGGUGCGCGAUACGGCAGGGCUGUGCCGGGCGCUGCUUCGCUUUUUGGAAGAUCAAGGCUUUCCCGAUGCGGAGUUCGGACCUUUGUCGGCCUUCUUGGCCGACGUGGUGAUGGAAGAGGACGUGCAAGGCUACUCGUACAGCGUGCGAACGUCGCUUGCGAUGCCGGUCCCGCUGCGUUACGACGGCGACAAGCGCUCUGAGGAGGCGCACUCCCGCAAACGUGCCGGCUACGAAGUUGUGCUGCCCGCGCAGCACCACCGUGCGGAGAUCAACACGCAGGUGCAGCUGUGCGAGCCGAAGAGGCGCAAGCCGGUGCUGGACGAGUACCGCAUCUUCUCGCUUCCCAAGAAGGCCGCCUCCUUCGCAGCGGACGACUUCGCGGUGGAUGACGAGUUGUUGCACCGCGCCUACGUGGUGCUACAAACCCACUUGGAUGCCUACGGCUCGCUGAAGAACCUCUCCCCCUAUGCCCGCCUUCUUCUCUGGAACUUACUGGACCGCAACGAUGCCCUCUUCAGCACGCUGUACGAUCAGCAUGUCACCUCCGAGGCGAUGCGACAGCAGCUAGUGAAGUUGAAGGAGCUCGUGGCGGUGCACAAGCUGGCCUUUGAGGCGACCCGCCCGGCUGCACGGCGUGCCGCGGCGGUGAUUAGCUGGUACGCAGCAAGUGCCCAAUGGCGCGACCAGGCACUGAGCAAGUUAGAGGAGCUGGAUGAGGUAGAUUGGUACCUGCUCGGGGACGUAUACCGGAGUGGUGGCAAGGCCGUCUUCCCGAACUACGCGCAAAGCAUGCCUGUGGCGCACCUCGCGCUGGGGGUGCUGCGCAAGCUGGACAAAUUGCACCGCAACGACUUGGACGGGGCGCCGGCAACGCACACCGUUGUGGAGCAGCUUCUACUGCCGCUGCUGCAGGGCGAAGCGCCGGAGCGGUCCGACUUUUGUUUCUUGCACAACGCCUUUCAGGUGGACAGCCCGCACUGGCAACGCCGACGCCGCAAGCUGCGCGCCAUCAUGGAAGACACCAUCCACAAGACCGCAGGCUUCUCGAGUCAGUCAUCAGAGACCGCUACUGCAUCGUCUCCAGCCGCGUCGAGGAGAAGCUCGACUGUCCACGUCUUUCUUUGUGCGUCGCUUAUCUUUCCGUUGCAGUGCGUCGGUGAGCUGCUGGAGUUGUGCUCCCUCGUAAUGUUCUCCUCCGUGGGCUUCGAGGCUUUUACACGCAGCUUCCUCGCGACGAACUGGGAGGAGGAGGACACCAUCCUGUCCUACCUGCUGCGCCGUGAGCCAACCAAUCACUCCCUUGUGCCGCUUGUCGGGCUGCCGCGUCUGUACAAGGACCUCGUCACCUCCAUCCAGCUGCUCGUGGCGGACAAGAUGCUGCCGUAUGUCGUGGAGAGUCGUCGUUUCGCCGGUGAGAACGCACGACGUGCGCUGAGCGAGAGGAGCUAUCAUUAUUGGAAGUCGCUCACCUCGCUCUUUAUCGAGGAGGACCGCUUUGACGACUUGUGUGAGUUGCGCGUCGACACGCGCGAGAACACGGUGUGCCUGUACACCACUGCGGAAUUCGAGCGGUCGCCGAAGGUGUGGCCGGAGGACCUUCGCGAGUUGCAAGCCGAGGAGGAGAACUACCACCGGGGCGGAGACGUUGCCGGACAAGGCGCAGACAAUGCAGCUCCGACGAGCAUCUGA